AUGUCUCAUCCAACAAAGGUACUAACUCUCUCUCGGAUUGAAGACCUGACACUCGGUUCGUUUGCAUUCGUGCCUUCUUCGGCGACCCUCGACCACCUUGUCCGGUUUCUGAGCACAUGGAGUGGCAGCGACAAGUUAUUCAUGGUCAUGCAAUAUGGUGUGAAGCUCCUCGCGCCCUUCCUGCAUCUCCGGGCGCGGCUCCAGCAUCGCGCAGGUAUGCGUCCAGCACCGACUAGUCGCGCCGCAGACGGUCUGGUCAAGUUUUCAAGCAUCUUGGGUGACGCGAGGAUGCUCUUCCGAAUCUGGGGUCUUCUGCCAAUUAUUCAGUGGCUGAUCUCCAUCGAGCGAAACCGCCCCCCUACUCGUCAACUCUUGACGAUCGAACGUCUUCAGGGCUGGUCCAUGCUUGCUUAUUACCCUCUCGAGCAUCUGUACUAUCUUCUUUCUCACGUGAUUGUUCCCGCUGAGCUUCCGACGAACCCCCUUUCAUCUUUGUUGCCUUGCACCAAGGCCAGUGCCAAAGACGGGGGCGUAUCUUGGGACACGAAUGCUCUGGGGCUGUGGUCGUGCCGAUACUGGGCCCUCUAUGUGCUCCUCCAGUUUGUUCAUCUCCGUGAGGACAACAUGCUCCUGAAGAUGCGCCAGCGCACAGUUAAUAAAUCGAAGACUACUGCCGCGCAGAUUGAGAAAGACGAGCUGAAGAAGAGAUUUGAUGCCCUCCGGACAGAGUUUGUUGUGAACCUUGCUUACUUGCCGAUGACCUUGCACUGGUCCUUGGAGAAGGGGCUGUUCAAGAAUGCUAUCUGGAUUGAUAUAUGUGGUUUCAUUGCCGCGCUUGCGUCCUGGAGAAGCGGCUGGAAGGCCACAGAAUUGUCCCCUCCUACCCCUACCGUUGACGUGUCAACCGAUACGUUGGAAACGGAGAAGGAGGCUGAGCGCAAUGUAGCUGCUGCAGCAUCGCUUGAUAAGGGCGUUUUGGGUCCGUUGACAAUGGAACAGCCGCUUGUCACGGUGAACUAG